AAAGGACAGCAGCACCCGUGCCACACUUCUACAGCGCGCGAGGGCUGGACAGUGUCUCACAGAGGUCUCUGGGCUCUUAUAUACGAGAGGUUGGGCUCCGUAUAGGUCGGGCUUUGCAUAUGUGUAAUCAAACCAAUGAGAAUGCCCUGCGCGUCUGGCACACGGCAGAGCAACAAACUCUAGGAAGAAGAGAAGCGUAAUUUAGGGGGUGUAUCCCUUGUUUAAGACGCUGUUAUGGCAAAGCCAAUCGCCAGAUGUUUGUGUUCCUCACUCAGAUUUUGAGACUAAGCAGAACGCCGGGUUACUACGCGGAGGCUGAUUCGCGUAUCCAAGCCACUUUCAGCCAAAGUCUAGCUACACGCGAUAUCUCUCGCCCACUUUACGCACAGGAUUACGCACGUUUGAACGUCUAUUUCGCGGAGCUGCAACGUUUUGUUCUGUCAUUCUUUAACAGGCUGAAGGAAAUGGGAAAGGAGAGAGGAGCGCGGCUGGGAGAGCGCAGAGGAAACCAGAGCUGAAUGGCAGGAUGCAAGCGAUCUGAAGACGCACAAAACCCUGCAUUUCUACAGCUCUCAGACCCUUUUACGCCUUCUUUUGGUUUCCUUCCUUGCGAACGAGAGGAAUUACCCCAAUACGACCAUUUAAGGAUUUUAUUUUUUCUCAGUUUUUCAGAUUUGUAUUAUUUUCACACGCAGAACUCAAGGAAUCGAGGAUGCAUUGUGGAUUAGUGUUGAUCCUCUUUACGGGAAUCUUUCUCGUCGUCAGUGCUUUAAAAAAUGACAAAUGUGGGGACAAUAUCAGAAUCACUAGCGCAAAUUACCUCACUUCACCCGGUUAUCCGGUGUCUUACUACCCGUCUCAGAAAUGCACAUGGGUGAUUACAGCUCCAGGACCGAACCAGAGGAUUUUGAUCAACUUCAACCCACACUUUGACCUGGAAGACAGAGAGUGCAAAUAUGACUAUGUGGAGGUGAGAGAUGGAGUGGAUGAGAGCGGCCAGCUGGUCGGGAAGUACUGUGGGAAGAUCGCUCCCUCUCCUGUGGUCUCCUCUGGGAACCAGCUCUUCAUCAAGUUUGUGUCUGACUAUGAGACUCAUGGCGCUGGCUUCUCCAUCCGCUACGAGAUCUUCAAAACGGGUCCAGAAUGUUCCAGGAACUUCACCUCCAGCAGUGGAGUCAUCAAGUCGCCGGGUUUUCCGGAGAAGUACCCCAACAACCUGGAUUGCACGUUCAUGAUCUUUGCUCCCAAGAUGUCGGAGAUCGUUCUGGAGUUCGAGAGCUUUGAGCUGGAGCCAGACACGCAGCCACCCACUGGAGUGUUCUGCCGCUACGACCGCCUGGAGAUUUGGGACGGCUUCCCUGGAGUUGGUCCAUAUAUUGGGAGAUACUGUGGACAAAAUACUCCAGGACGGAUCAUAUCCUACACUGGAAUCUUGGCUUUGACAAUCAACACAGACAGUGCUAUUGCGAAAGAGGGAUUCUCAGCUAAUUUUACUGUGCUGGAAAGGACAGUCCCAGACGACUUUGACUGCACCGAGCCUUUGGGUAUGGAAACUGGGGAAAUCCAUUCCGACCAAAUCAUGGCCUCAUCCCAGUACAACCCCAGCUGGUCUCCGGAACGAUCUAGACUCAACAACCCUGAGAACGGUUGGACCCCUGCGGAGGACUCAACUAAAGAAUGGAUCCAGGUUGAUCUUGGAUUCCUGCGCUUUGUCUCGGCGAUCGGCACACAGGGAGCCAUCUCUCAAGAGACCAGCAAGAGGUACUAUGUGAAGUCCUACAAGGUGGAUGUAAGCUCAAACGGAGAAGACUGGAUAACUAUUAAGGAUGGCCCAAAACAGAAGAUUUUCCAAGGGAACACCAACCCUACUGAUGUAGCGAGAGCCAUGUUCCCCAAGCCCACGUUGACGCGAUACCUCCGGAUCCGACCCUACUCCUGGGAGGCCGGCAUCGCCCUGCGCUUCGAGGUGUAUGGAUGCAAAAUCUCAGAGUACCCAUGUUCUGGAAUGUUGGGAAUGGUCUCAGGCCUUAUCGCAGACUCUCAGAUCACAGUUUCGUCCCACACCGAGCGCACCUGGGUGUCAGAGAAUGCCCGUCUGCUGACCAGCCGUUCGGGAUGGAUGUUGUUGCCGCAGCCCCAGCCGUAUGCGGAUGAGUGGCUGCAGAUAGAUCUGGGUGAGGAGAAACUGUUCCGAGGGUUGAUCAUCCAGGGAGGCAAACACCGUGAUAACAAGGUAUUCAUGAAGAAGUUUCGGCUGGGCUACAGCAACAAUGGAUCUGACUGGAAAAUGGUGAUGGAUGCAACUGGCAACAAGCCCAAGAUAUUUGAGGGGAAUCUGAAUUAUGACACGCCAGCAUUGAGGACAGUGGAGCCUAUAUUGACACGCUUUGUUAGGGUGUACCCAGACAGAGCCACUCCUGCUGGGAUGGGACUUAGAUUGGAACUCCUGGGCUGUGAAAUGGAAGUUCCCACAGUGCCCCCAACUACACCCGCUUCCUCCACCGUGCCAUCAGACGAGUGUGAUGAUGACCAGGCCAACUGCCAUAGUGGAACAGGUGAUGACUACGACCAGACAGGUGGAACCGCUGCGCCAGAGACAACCACAGAGACAAGUACGGUUCCAGGUGAGAAAGCGUUCCUGUGGUUUGCCUGUGACUUUGGCUGGGCCAGUGAUCCUUCAUUCUGUGGCUGGAUGUCAGAGGACAGCGGUUUCAGGUGGCAGAUCCAGUCCAGCGGCACCCCGACUCUGAACACCGGCCCAAACAUGGACCACACUGGUGGAUCAGGAAACUUCAUCUACACACUGGCCACAGGUGCUCAGGAGACAGAAGUGGCUCGGUUAGUGAGUCCAUCCGUGUCGGGCCAGGACUCGGACCUGUGCUUGUCCUUCUGGUAUCACAUGUUUGGCUCUCACAUCGGCACGCUACACAUCAAACAGCGCAGAGAGAGCAGCCAGGGCUCAGCUGAUGUCCUGCUCUGGACGGUCAGCGGUCAUCAAGGCAACCGCUGGAGGGAGGGCCGCGUGCUCAUACCCCACUCCAAUAAACCCUACCAGGUGGUAAUUGAAAGCGUAGUGGAGAGGAAGAGUUGGGGAGACAUUGCUGUGGAUGACAUCAAAAUCUUAGACAAUACAAACCAUACCUCAAUGCAAAACCCAGAUGUCCCAGCAGAGCCAAUUUUACCUGAAGACAACUUCAAUGAAAUCAUCGUGGACAUCACAGACUUCCCUGAGAUUGUGGAGAACCGUGAUAUCAGCGGCGCCGGAAACAUGCUGAAGACGCUGGACCCCAUCCUCAUCACCAUCAUCGCCAUGAGCGCGCUGGGGGUCUUCCUCGGCGCCAUCUGCGGCGUGGUCCUCUACUGCGCCUGCUCCCACAGCAGCAUGUCCGACAGGAACUUAUCCGCCCUGGAGAACUAUAACUUUGAGCUGGUGGACGGCGUCAAGUUAAAGAAGGACAAGCUCAACUCACAGAACACGUACUCAGAAGCAUGAGGCGCCGACCAAUGAGAGGAGACCUCUCCUCAGGGAGGGCGGGGCUAAAACAGACUGCCGAUGCCUUCCGGUUGGAGGAGGACAAGGCUCUGUGGUUCAGCGAACCAAUGGGAGGUCUGGGACUGAGCCAUGCUUUUCUCAGGAGCUGCAGUGAACAGAACCUACCAGUAGGGGACACUGUGUACAAACAUUGAAUACAUGGGGAAAAAACAAAAUGAAACAAAAUGAAAAAUAUGUACAGAUGAUUGAAAUUAUUAUUUUAAUUUUUUAUUUCGUAUUAUUUUUGUUUAAGCAUUUUUACAAUCAGAUGCUGGUGUUGAGACCAAUAUAUAAUAAUGUUAUAAAGUAUUUAUCUUUUUUUUUUUUUUUUUUUGGUAGGAGGAAAAAAAUCAUUUACUUUUAUUUUAAAAGAAAAAAAAAUGACCAUAUAUGGCCAUGGGAAGGUAAAUACCCCAUGGCAGGGCAAGGAUCAAACGGGGUGGAAAAUCAUCCAGCCCUGUUGCAUUCUGGGUAUGGUUCAGUCAGUGCCUUUGGUACAUCUUUUUUUGGCCUCCUCUGUUGUUUUCUUGGUGUUUUUAACCCUUUAGUUUUCAAAAAGCUGUCAGUCGAAUCUGCAAAACAAAUCCCGGUAAAUUCAUAGCGCUUUAACGUUGAAAUCCUGCAUAUUGUACAUAAGUUUUAAUAUAUUUUAAUGCCCUUUUCAAAGAAACGAGUAAAAGGACAAAAAAGAAAGCUGCAGUAUCCCUUUUUUCUUGGGUUGUAUGUUGUAAAUACAAUCGUCCGACUGUUUUGUGAAAGUGAAACGUGUGCUUUUUCCGUCCUGUUUGGUUAUUUUGCUACGUUUCCAAAAGAUGCAGCCCUUGCUCAAAACAGAUGUUGAUACAAAUCCAGCGCGCAUUUCAUCAUGGGAACAUAAACGCAUUUCAGAGGCGAGUUUUAUUCACCUGGAUUACAGAUUUAUAAUCAUCAUAUCCUCUAUAAUCACAUUCAGAAUGUCUGUUUAUCCAGCAUACCAAAAAAAAGAAAAAAUUGAUGAUCAUCAUUGCCUUGAUUGCUUUGAUUUGAGGUUUCAUCAAAGUGCUUCUUUCACCAUCCGUCGAGCUUGAAUGCAUGUGCUCUCGAGUAAAACUCUCAUUUUAAGAGUGGUGCUAUUAAAUGUUCUCACGCAUCGCUUCGCAAGCGUUCUGUCAUUGGCCUUGUGUCUGUACCAAAGGACUGUUGCCUCAAACUGCAGGGUCCAAUCACAACAGCCCAUUCUCUUCUGAAUCUGGAGACCAGCUCAUCUCGUUGUCAUUGGCUCGACGGUUUGGAUUCUGGACCGCUGGGUGGGUCUGAUUUUAGCAAUGCCAUACACACGUAGUUUAACCGAUAACAGGGCUUCACUGCUGACAAUACUAAUGUUUUCUACAGGUUUCUCGGUAUGUUCAUGUACUGUGCUGUAUACUGUGGCCAACACUUCUGUUUUCCCCUUUCUUUCCGGUAGUUUCCGAGGACAUGAAUCCUCGUGUCGAUGCUACAUGUGUGUCAGCUGAAGCUGUAUAAAGGCCGACUGGCUUCAGUCGGGAUUCUGUGAGAAAAGCAUACUGUAGCAUUAACGAAAAAGAAACAAUGUUGCACUGAUCGAUAUAUUUGAUGAAGUUUAUGUGUUUAUAGCAUUCAUUUGUAAAAAAAGACAACUGAAAUAAAAAAGACAGUGUUCAUUUUUUUAAUAUAGUUUCAGAAUAUGUAAUAUGAUUCUGAAAUGGUCAAUAAUCGAGAUGUUUUCAUUAUUGAAAAAGGUAUACAGAUUUCCUAUAGUAAAGCUCCCAUUUACCUGACCCUGAUCCUCUUUUGGUUUUUGUACUGUCGGUAAAAUUUUGUGCUGAUUCUUUUUUUUUUUUCUUUUUACAAGAAGAUGCGGAAGCAAAGAAAACUUUUAUUUUCAAUACUGCCUCUGUACGUUGCUGUUGUAGGAAGGGAAAAAAUGAAUAAAAAACAGCAAGGCCUUAAAAUGGAUAUCAAUGUUUUGUAUCUGAACAUCUGCAUCACGAAAGAAAAUCUCCUCCACAUCUGCUCUGUUUCUGAUCAAAUCAGAUCGACUGACAUAUUCCAAAGAUUCAGCUCCAAUAAAUGUGUUCUGAAACUUU